UGUUUCUAGGUUCCAAUGGCGGGGCAUGGCAGAAGGGCGGCUCGGCCAAUAGGAAUCGUUUUUGAGACGCGCUCGGCCAAUCAGAGGAGAGUCCCCUCCACCCUCCGUUUCCGCAGCAACAGGGAAAAGAUGGCAGCGCUCGCGACCCUAUCUCAGCUGUCAAGCGGGAACCCUGUAUAUGAACACUAUUACAGACAGGUGGACCCAGGAAACACUGGAAGGGUUGGACCCACAGAGGCUGCACUGUUCUUGAAGAAAUCGGGUCUGCCAGACAUCACUUUAGGGAAGAUCUGGGAUUUAGCCGAUCCAGAUGGCAAAGGUUUCUUGGAUAAACAGGGAUUCUAUGUUGCACUGCGACUCGUGGCUUGCGCACAGAGUGGCCAUGACAUCAGUCUUAACUGUUUAAACCUCUCCGUUCCCCCUCCUAAAUUUAAGGAUCACAGCAGCCCAUCGCUAAGUUCUGUAACAUCGUCCAAUGAAAGUCAUUGGGCUGUGCGGCCUGAGGAAAAGAGCAAGUUUGAUGGUAUUUUUGAAAGUCUUGCUCCAGUAAAUGGACUACUGUCGGGUGAGAAGGUCAAACCAGUCUUAAUAAACUCCAAACUACCUGUGGAUGUCCUUGGAAAGGUGUGGGAUUUGAGUGAUAUAGACAAAGAUGGACACUUGGACAAAGAUGAGUUUGCAGUGGCUAUGCAUCUGGUGUACCGCGCCCUGGAGAAGGAGCCUGUACCCUCUGUUCUGCCCUCCUCCCUUAUCCCUCCAUCCAAACGAAAGAAAUCAUCAGGUUGUCUGUCCGGCACGGUGCCGGUGUUGCCAGGCAGCCCCCCACCGCCAAAAGACAGUCUGCGGUCCACCCCUUCUCACGGCAGUAUGAACUCCCUAAACAGCGCUGGGAGUUUGUCUCCAAAACACACCAUCAAAUCAUCACAGCAUUCUGUAAACUGGGUGGUGCCAGUUGCAGACAGGAGCCGCUAUGACGACAUCUUCCUAAAAACAGACACAGACCUCGACGGUUUCGUCAGCGGCCAAGAAGUCAAAGAAAUCUUCAUGCACUCCGGGCUUCCUCAAAACAUCCUGGCAUAUAUCUGGGCUUUGGCGGACACCAGACAAAUGGGUAAACUCACGCGUGAGCAGUUCUCUCUAGCCAUGCAUCUGAUUCAGCUGAAAGUGAGCAAAGGCUUGGACCCACCACAGGCUCUGACUCCGGACAUGAUACCGCCAUCUGAACGCGGCACGCCGGGGCCUAGUCUAUCGGGAUAUAUGACACCAGUGGGCUCUGAGAUGGCUGCGUUGUCCGAGAUGCGCCGGGCAAUAAUGUUCAAGUUAUGGGACAGCUCCAGCUCUGUGGGUUCUGGCGAGUUCACGGGGAUCAAAGAACUGGACGAUAUAAGUCAAGAGAUCGCACAGCUGCAGAGUACUCUUGCUUUCACACACUGGGAGACGCUCAGAGAGAAAUACACUUUGGAACAGGACAUCAGAGAAACAGAAGAGGCCAUUAGACACAAAACCACAGAAGUUCAGGACAUGCAGAACGAUCUGGACCGAGAGACGUCCACCCUUCAAGAACUUGAGGCCCAGAAACAGGACGCCCAGGACCGGCUGGAGGAGAUGGACCAACAGAAGGCGAAGCUGGAGGACAUGCUCAACGACGUACGACAGAAGUGCCAGGAAGAGUCGCAAAUGAUCACGUCCCUACAGAGUCAGAUCCACUCGCAGGAGUCAGACCUGCAGAGUCAAGAGGAGGAACUGGGCCGGGCCAAGGCCGAUCUGAACCAUCUGCAGCAGGAGGAGGCUCAGCUGGAGCAGAGUUUACAAGCUGGCAGGAUUCAGCUAGAAACUAUUAUCAAGUCCCUCAAAGCCACGCAAGAUGAGAUCAACCAGGCUCGGAGCAAACUGUCUCAGAUUCAGGACAGCCAGCACGAGAUCAGCAAGAAUAUUGAGCAGUACAGCAGCACUCUGAACGGCACCCACGGGGGCAGCAUGACCAACCUGGCCGACAUGAGCGAGGGGUUUCCGGAGAAGGAGAACGGAGGAUUCGGGGCUAUGGAGGACCCUUUCAAGGUGAAGACGGCUGCGUUCAACAGCGCUCCUCAGGAGAUGCACACGGACCCAUUCCAGUCUGAGGACCCUUUUAAAACAGACCCAUUCAAAGGUGAUCCUUUCCAGAAUGACCCUUUCUCAAAGCAGCCCUCCACUGUGGCAGAUCCUUUCGGAGGAGAUCCUUUCAAAGAGGCCGACCCCUUUAGGACCUCCUCUGAAGAUUUCUUUAAGAAGCCUUCCAAGCCGGACCCGUUCAACCAAUCCGAUCCUUUUAGCAAAAGCGCCACCCUUCCCUCAAAGAGUCAUCACUUCCCAAGCAACGACCCGUUCAUCUCCACCAGCCCCAAACCGAAAGGCCAAGAUUUAUUUGGUACAUUGGACCCGUUCGGAAGCAGUUCGUUCGGCAGUAACAGUGGAUUUGCGGACUUCAGCCAAAUGUCAAAGGGCUUUGUAGAUGACCCCUUCAGCCGAAAGCAAGACAUGCCCGCCCUUCCGCCCAAGAAAAGCAUACCACCACGGCCCAAACCACCCAGCGGUAAGAGCACUCCAGUAAACAUGCCCGGCUCCACGGAUUCGGCCAAGACGACGGAUCCCUUCCAGCCUUUCAGCGCCGACCCGGCCGAUCCGUUUCAGAGUAAAAAAGGGCCGGGAGACCCGUUUAGUGGCAAAGACCCAUUCGGUCCACCUGCUUCAAGUAAAGCCUCUAAAGACUCUACAUUGGGUUUUGCAGACUUCAGCUCUGAACUGAGCGAAUCAAGUUUGGGAAUGAAGCCCAGCAGAUGGAGUGGGCGAAGCGAGAAAGCGAGCGGGCGGAGCGAGAGCGGCUGAAGAGACUUCGGCAACAGGAGCAGGAAGAUCUGGAGCUGGCAAUCGCUCUCAGCAAAGCAGAGAUGUCCAACGCUUGACUCCGCCCACCACCUCCCCUCGGAUCCACCCUCUCUGUACACUACAGCAUCGAGUGUGUGUGUGUGUAUGAAUGGUCCAAGAUAGACUCAAUGCAAGCGGGCAGGGUCCCUGACAGUAAAACCUCUAUCCUUUUGUGUUCGUGUAGGGGGCCGCCUUUGGUUUGUGAAUCAGCUUAUUCAUUCUACAUGCACUGCGUUAAGAGUUUAUUUUAAAGCGUUUGCGGGUGUGUGAGAAUGUAAUCGGAGCAAUGGAUGUUGCAGGCCAUUAUGGGUCAACACAGGCCAUUAUCGCCACUAAUUGGUGGAUAAAAGACCACUAAAAAAGGUCUGUGAGGUUUAAAUCCCAGGACUUGAAUUUCCAUGACUACACUCCUUACCAUCAUCGAGCAAGGCACUUAAUUCCAGCUUUCUUCAGUGGGAACUCAAUUGCAGUAUGCAUAGGGUACGUGGAUCUGGAUAAAGACAGGCUGCGUAAAUAAUAAGUUACUGACUCUUGCUAUAGUCAGUACUGGUACACACUGGAAUUAGAGCAGCGCCUGGCAGACUAAACGUCUGAAGGUACUCUUGAAGGUGACGUGAAACUGAAUAACCCGCAUUGUGAAUUCAUUGUGAAUUUAUGUUAUAUGUAAGUGUCGUACGAAAACAGCAUUUGAUUCAGAUUGAAACAAACUUAACAAUUUUCCGAAUCAACCGUUAUCCUUUUGUUUUUCGCAGUGUUAUAAAAGAUCUGGAUUGAGCAGAUACCUAUAAAAGAUUUUAUUUGUUUGCUAUUUACAUUAGUUUCUGUUUAGAUUUGCAAUUUCGUUAUUAGGAUUUGGUCGGUUCAAACGUGUUGCUUUUGCUAAAACGAAUCUGCUAGUGGGCCCAAACGGGAUGUGUGGGCCUUCUCGCAUUUACGGUGCUUUAUAAGGGAAGUUCUGUGAAUUUACAUAUGAUCAAAUGUUAAACUUGUAGUGGUAGCUGUAAGCACAAUCAAAUUUGAAAAAUAUUUAUUCAACGCACACGUCGGUGGAAUGACACGUGUGGAACUUUGUUAGCGAUGGCGAACAUUCAACGUGGUAUGCGGGUUAAAAAGGAAGUUACCGCUAUUUUGCGUUUUGCAGUCGGCUCACACCUAACUUCUAGUCGGUAUUGAAUAAAAUGUUUAUUGAACGUUUUGGCAAUGUAGUUCCAGGAACAUUUCAAACAUUUUUGGUUUUUACAAUUUAGUUAUCGUAAUACUUUAUAUACAUAUACAAAAACUAACAAACUAGCUGGUACUAUUAAUACGCAACCAACCUCAGAUCAUUUAAACUGUUAAAUUAAAGUAUUAUGAGUAAUGCGAUGUGGUCAGUCAUCACGGGCACAAUUGUUUUAUUUUAGGCCCGAAUGAUGUUUGACGCUUGAUGUCCAACAUUUUGGAUGCAACUGUGAGAGAAUUCUUAAAACAAACAACUGUGACUCUACACUGCUAAUAUUUUUGCUGUCAUCUUUUCUCUAUUUUCUGUUCCUCUGUUUUUACAUUAGUUGACUCGUGUUGUUUUGCCCACCGUCAUGUUAGUGUUACGUUAAACAGUGUUAUUUAAAAUAUGUAAAAUGUGUACCUGGGACCUAGUUUACACUGAAAUUCUAGUGAGGUGUUUUUUCACUAAAAUAAACCCAACCUAGCCUACUUGAUUUAAGUAGUACACUAAUUAAACAUCACGAAAGUUAGCAAAAACUGUAAGUAAUAUAAAGCGAAUUCAUGGUUUUUAAUGGCGUAAUGAGCUUGUUCUGUAUUUUGCUGUUAGAAAAAGCAAAGAACAGUUGGAACUUCAAAGAAACGUUGUAUUUGUAUCCAUGUUAAGAGUUCUUCUUAUGCUGUAUUUGUACUUUAUACCUCCAUUGUGCAAUAGUUUGUAUAUUUUAUUUGUUGUAAUACCUGUAAAUUUGUUUCAUAUCGUUUUAUUAUCCAUGUCUUUUAUUUUUUUUAAUAAUUAAAGUGAUAUUUUUUGUUACUGUCAUAAUUUAGGGCACGUUUGCCCUGCUAAACUCAAGCUGAAUGCAUUCCUUAUCGGCCUGCCUUUAACCCUCACCUGUGUAGAUAUUAACCUGAUAGAGAAAUGCAUACAAAGUAUACAGAAACCAUGUAUAUCGUGUGUUAUAUUUGUCCUAUGAAACAUGAGUAACUGCACACGUGUAACCUGACACAUUUUAAGGAUUUCAUGCUUGGAUCUCUUGGGAAAUGUUCACGCUCGGUAUGCUGUCCCAUGAUUUCGCGGAAUAAAGAAAAGAUAACAUUUCAGAUACAUGGGGCUCUUGUAUUGAAUCCAUAUGUGUGUUCAUCAAGAAACCCAAAUUCUGACAAAAGAAAAUCUUUAAAUGAUAUAGCAUUUAUUGCGGCGUCCUCAGAAGGUCAUUUGCAAUCAGAAACCACACUGUAUCAAUAACAGUGCAGUAUUUAAGUUUCAGGUUUAUUUGUCAUAUGCACAACAUGUCAGUGAUGGCUGUAAAAAUAAAACAGUAAUUUAAGGUACUCUUUACAGUAAAGUUUAUAUAAAUAUAAUAGUAUAUGUGCAAUUGUGUCUUUAAACUACAGAUGUUCAUUUUACCUGGUUGAAUUUAAAGUCCCAGUAAAAUAAAAAAAAUACAAUGCCUAUUUUUUCAUGAAAUAUUG